AAGAUCCCUCCACGUCACUAGGACGGAAGAACGGCCGUAGAAAUUCAGCACGGCCGAGGUCGCUCGCCGCGAGAAGUCCGAGCCGAAUCUCCUGCUUCUUCUUCCCUGCUUCGAAGGAAGCCAAACCAGAAUGGGAAUCGAUAUGGCAAUGCGUAAUCCUUUGGCCGUCGCCAUCGCAUCCAUCUUGAUCGCCGUGCUCGCACCCCGUUUCCUGAAGAAGAAGGAGAAGGAAACGAUCGGGAGCACCAAACCCGACGAACCCAUUUCGGUGGAAUCCGCUCCGUCUGCCUCCGGCAACGACUACGAGGUGUUCUUGAGCUUCCGGGGCAGGGACACCCGCACCGGCUUCACCGAAUACCUCUACAGCAGCCUCGUCGACGCCGGGGUCUCCGUGUUCAGGGACGACGACGAGCUCCGCGUCGGCGAGAAGAUCGGCCCGGAUCUUCUCCGAGCCAUUAGGAGCAGUAAGAUCUCCAUCCCGAUUCUCUCUCCGGAUUACGCUUCCAGCAAAUGGUGUCUUCGCGAGCUCGCCCGGAUGAUCGAGUGCAAGGGAAGUGAAGGGCACAUCGUCUUGCCCAUCUUCUACAAAGUGGAGCCCGGACAUGUGCGACACCAGACGGGGAGUUUCGGGAAGGCCUUUCGUAAAAUUAAGAAGCAUUAUGAGGCAGAGGUGGUCCAACGAUGAGAUCGAGCUCUCCAAGAAGUAGGAAGCUUGAAGGGAUGGGAAUCAGAGAGAAUUGCUAACGGACAUGAAGCUGAGUUGGUAAAGAUAAUUGUCAGGAAGGUUUUGGGCGAGUUAAAGGAAGCUUUUCAGUUAGACGUCACAGAGAACUUGGUCGGGAUUAGUAAUCAUGUAGAGGAGCUUAUGAGAAUGUUAAAAACUGAUGACACUGAUACUCGAUUUGUUGAAAACAUGGAAUAGGCAGUGUUGGUAAGACGACUCUGGCCAAGUUCAUCUACAAUAAACUCUCCAGUCAGUUCGAUCACUGUAGCUUCUUGGCAGAUGUGCGAGAAACAGCAAAAGACAGGGGUGCCCACCAUUUGCAGAACCAACUAAUCUCCAAUAUUCUAAAAAGAAAACACAAUGACAUCUCCAAUGUCGAUGAAGGACUUAGAAUCAUCAAAACUAGAUUUAGGCAUAAAAAAGUCCUCAUCCUUCUCGAUGAUGUGGAUGAUGUUUCUCAGUUGAACUGUUUGGCUGGAAAACGUGACUGGUUUGGUUCCGGAAGUAAUAUCAUUAUUACGACAAGAAAAGUGAGUUUUCUUGAUGAGGUUCGGGUGGAUAACUCGUAUGCACUCAAUGGAUUGGAUCCUGACAACUCUUUGCUUCUUUUUAGUAGACAUGCAUUCAGAAGGGACUUCCCUUUGCCUGAAUUUGGGGAUCUCUCGCGUGAAAUUGUGUCCACUACAGGAGGGCUUCCUUUAGCACUCGAGGUUAUAGGAUCGUUCUUGUGCGGAAAACGCCUAGUAGUAUGGAAAGAUACAUUAAAGAAGUUACGGCAAAUACCAGAUAAGGAAGUGCAAGAGAAGUUAAGGGUAAGUUAUGAAGCAUUAGAUUAUGAGCAAAAACAGAUAUUUUUGGAUAUUGCCUGUUUUUUCACCGGAACUGAUGGAAGAAUUGCAUCCUAUAUGUGGGAUGACUGUGAAUUUUUCCCAGGGAUGGGUAUUGAAGCAUUGAGCGUGAUGUCCUUGAUAAAAGUGGGAAAUGACCAUAGGCUGUUAAUGCAUGACCAACUGAGAGAUCUAGGUAGGGAAAUCGUCCGGCAGGAAAACUACGAGGAGCCCUGGAAACGUAGUCGCGUAUGGAUUCACAAGGAAGCCUUACAUGUUCUAGAGAAAAACAAGGGAACUAGAAAGAUAAAAGCCCUCCGUCUUAAUAAAAGUGGCUUAGGCAGGGUGUACAGCAAUAUACUGUUUGAAAAGCUACCGAACUUAAGGUUCCUUGAGAUGAAUAAUUUCAUCCUCUCUGGAGAUUUUGAGUAUGUUCUUUCUGAACUACGAUGGCUUUAUUGGAAAAAUUGUCCAUCAAAUUUGGUAGCAACCAACUUUCAUGUGAAGAAAUUAGUCAUACUUGACUUAUCAAGGAGCAAAGUCACAGAGCAUUGGGAAGGAUGGAAACUUAUGGAUGUGGCAAGUAAUCUGAAAGUUCUCAACAUUGCUAAUUGCCGUGACUUGAAAACAUCUCCUGAUCUCACAGCUUUUCAAAAUCUGGAGAUUUUAAUUCUUGGAAAAUGUGAAAAUCUAACAAAAUUGCACCCUUCUAUUGGAAGCAUCAGCAUUCUGAUUUCCUUGGAUGUGAGAGACUGUUUCAGACUCAAGGAACUUCCAAUAGGAGUGGGGCAGCUACAAGAAUUAGAGGAGCUUUUUAUGGAUAGAACUUGGAUGGAAGAAAUUCCCGUAUCUAAAGGUUCAAUGAAGAAGCUCAGGACUCUUAGUGCCCAGUAUUGUGAAUCAUUGGCUCGAACACCCAGCUCGUUAAGCCAUCUAGCAUCUCUGUCAACCCUUGAUUUUACGGGAUGCAGAAAGCUUGCUGAACUUCCAGAUGCCCUAGGGUGCCUUCAGAAACUGCAGCGCUUAUCAUUAAAAGAAUGUAGCUCUUUGAGAGGGAUCCCCAACUCAAUUGGCAAGUUGGAAUGUUUAACUGAGCUGGACAUAUCGUACACAGGAUUUACAGAGUUACCUGAAUCCAUUGGAGACUUGAGUAAUUUAGAAGUUCUGCAAAUGGCGCGGUCACAUGUAACAAGGUUACCUAGUGUUAUUGGGAUGUUGGGGAAACUCACCACAUUAGAUGCCACAAAUUGCAACAUCCUGGCAGAAGUUUGUAGUAAUAUUGGUGAAUUGUCUUCAUUGAAGGCCCUCUGAUUGUUGGGGACAGAAAUUUGUGGCUUGCCAGAAAGCAUUUGUAAGCUUACUUGUCUCCAAGACCUCAACUUACAAGGGUGCAAGAAGCUCCAAUUGCUGCCAAACCUACCCUCUGGCUUGAGAACUCUAGGUCUCACUUGUCAGAGUCCUACAUUGCCAAUCCUUUCCAACCUGACAAAUCUAAAGGAACUCUCUGUCCUAGAAUGCACUACACUUGAAUGCCUCCCAGAGCUUCCCUCCAAACUGUCAAAGCUUUCCUUUAUAGGAUGCCAAAUGUUGAGAAAGUUGCCAGAUUUGUCAACCUUGAAGCAUCUUUCAGAAUUGAGUCUGACGGUUUGCUCUGAACUGAGAGAAGUCAAAGGUCUGGAAGGAUUAGUAUCACUCACAAUGUUGGAUGUGUUGAAGUGCCCAAAGUUAUCUAGGCUUGGUAAGGUAGAAUGUUUGAUGUCUCUGAGGUGCUUAAAGAUGGGACCUUCGGAAGCAUUAGAGAGGUUGAUGGAUCGUUUGGAACUGAGUAAUUUAAAGGUGCUUCCAAGUUGUGAGAAUCAAGUUGGAUUUCAAGUUCUUAAUAGCUUCAUUUGCUUGGAAGUUUUGGAUCUCACUAAAUGCAUGUCUAUGGAAAGAUUGGACCUUUCAACUUUGAAGCUUUUAAGGAAAGCAAGUGUUAGGAAAUGCAAGAAUCUAGUCGAAAUUAGAGGCCUUGACAGCUUGGUAUACUUGGAGAGGUUGGAUAUCUCUGAGUGCACAUCCAUUAAGAGACUAGAUAUUGCAAAAUUGAAGUUUCUGAGAUAUUUUUGGGCUUCCAAAUGCAAGAAUUUAUCUAAAGUCCAAGGCCUUGAUGUCUUGGAGUGCUUGGAAUGGGUGGACAUCUCUGGGUGCACAUCGAUUGAAAUAUUACCAGACCUUUCAUGCUACAACACCCUGAAGUUUCUGAACAUCAACCACUGCGAGAAACUACGUGAUAUUCUGGCCCUGGAGAAAUUCUCAUCCUGCCAAUGGCUUUGCAUUGAUGGAUGCAAGUCCCUAGAGAAACUGCCAAACCUUUCAAAAUUUGAAGGUUUGAUAGAGUUGAUAGUGAAAGAUUGUCAUGAACUUCUGGAUAUGUCAGAGCUUAAAGAGUUGAGAUCAUUAGAAUUUAUAGAUAUGUCAAGAUGCAAGUCCAUUGAGCAUCUGCCAGAUAUGUCGAUGUGCAAGAACUUGAAAUGUUUGGUUGUAAGAGACUGCGAGAAACUUAUUGAGCUUAUGGGGCUUGGAGACUUGGACACGCUGUGGCAAGUGGAUAUUUCUGGAUGCAAGUCACUGAAACAAAUACCAGAAUUACCUGGAGCACACAUCAUGCAGAAUUAUGGCGAACCUAUGUUUCAUCCCUUGUAUGGGACUAUCACUUUCAGCUGAUAUGCUGCACAUAGUUCUACUGCCAUGUCAAAGUUGAGAGAUUAAAAGAAGGUGAUCACCCAUGCCCUGUUCACACCUAUUCCUGUGUUUUAAUAGUGUUAUCUGUAUCAAGAAGUAGAUUUUCCUUCAUGGCCUUUUCUAUUAUCAUUUCUUUCCACUAUAUAGUUCAAGCAAUGGAAAGAAGUUGAUGCUCUGGCAA